AUGUCUCGAAGCUCCACCCUAGCGCUAAAUCGCUCUUCAUUUAGGGAUGUUUGCCCCUCCUAUACGGGCGGUCUCACGGCGGUCACUACACGUUUCUCGUAUUCUUUCACCUUCACUAUUACUUGCUCUUCAAUGAUACGAUUCCAGUACGUGGUCCUCUUACUUUUGAUGGAUGGUAUCCACGUGAUCACAAACCUGGACCUUAUCCAACAAAUGAAGGAAGAAAGACGCGCUGCUGCUUUAAAAUACGGACUUCGUCCCGAAGACUAUAAGCCCAUGGACCAGGACGAUGUAGUUCGUUAUGCAGGUGACUACCCCGACUUUGGUAUUAUUACAUAUGACCACAAGGAUCCCUAUGAGGCUUGGACUGAUCGACAUUAUAGAAGGAAUUGGGGAGAAAUGGUUCCAAUAGACAUGAUGCGAUACCGACCUGACCGUUUGACUUUCACUGGAUUAGAGGCUGAGGAUUUCACCACGUGGGGUUCUAUCAUCAUGUGUCUAAGAGUUCUCGUUCCGAUGGCGCUUCUCUCUUGGUUAUUUUGCAAUGAGGAUCCCAAUGCAUUGCGCUGGAAGAAUCCAGCCCCGAGAGCUGAUACUUCGGAGAUGCUUUUCCUGGAUGACUUCCUGGAAAUGCUUGAUGAGCUCCCUGCUGAGUUGCGAGAGCGGUGUACAGAAAUGCGGCAAAUUGAUAUGCAGGUCGAAGCUGGUCUUGCCCAAAACCGGCAGGCCCUAAUAGAAUUCUUCGACUGUGGAGGACAGCUUACUGAAGAGCAAAAGCAGCAUCGUUAUCAGGAGCUUCAAAAGGAGUAUAACCGACUUCGACUUUUGGGCGAAAUGAAAGUGUCACUUGCUGAGAGAAUGCAAGAAGUCUUGGAAACAUAUAUGCAAUAUCUUGAUAAGGAGAAAACACACUUUAAGUAUGAGCUCGAAGCAGAUAAUCCAGGAAUCACAGAAGUCAUUGAAACGCGGUUCGCGAAUUACUGCGAGUCACUCAUAGCGCUACGAAAGGAGCGGAAAAGAAAGCUCACUAAUGGCUCCGUUGAUAAUGGUAGCGAACCUCAAGCAAAAAUCUCUCGAUUUCCAAUGCAAUUUGUUCUACAUCUAACUAGCCUAUUUAGGGUGGCUACCGAUGGAAAUGCGUUGAGCAGCUAUAUCCGCACGGAGUUUACUCUCGGCGAUGAGGAGAUAGAAUCUCCAAUGGUAUCUGGUGCUGGACCAAUCAGAAGCAGAAAAGCUCCUAUAGAUGACUACAAUAUCAUAAGGCGCCGUUCAACUUCGGUCGGCUUGAAGACAUCUCAGUCAGCUCCAUCCACUGUGAUCACAAACUCGGUUUCUCCAGCUGUCAGCGAGAAAAGUUGGACACCACUUUCUAGUCUCCCCAUCCUGGAAGAAUUGCCUCCUUCUUCUGCUCUUACUCCCACGAGUUUGUGUCCGACCGCUCAAGUAACUCCAUCUACGACGCCAACAACUAUGCCCACAUUUGUAGGCCCAGAAAGUCGACAUGGAAGACCUCGAAAGUUAACAUCACGCGUACAAGAAAUGUUCAAGGAGGCAGUACAACGGCAGCGGCACCAUUAUCACCGAAGCAUUGACACUGUUCACACUGCUGACGUUAGCACGGAGGAUGACGACGAAAUUUCCGAAGAGGAUGACGACGACGGUGACGACUCAAAGCGAAAGUGGUGCUUCUGCAACGAGAAAAGCUAUGGUGAUAUGGUAGCCUGUGAUAAUAAGGCGUGUCCUUAUCAGUGGUUCCACUAUCCAUGUGUGAAUAUAUCGGCAACUCCAAAGGGUCGUUGGUAUUGCCCUCACUGCGUAGAUGAACGCGCAAGAAGAAGUGAAUCAGGAGAUUUCAACGCUGUUUCUGCUGCAACUGUUUUGUGA